AUGCUGCCCGCGCGCUGCGUCCGCCUGCUUACGCCCCAUUUGCUGCUAGUGUUGGUGCAGCUGUCCCCAGCUCGCGGUCACCGCACCACGGGCCCCAGGUUUCUCAUAAGCGACCGUGACCCUCAGUGCAACCUCCACUGCACCAGGACUCAACCCAAACCCAUCUGUGCAUCCGACGGCAGGUCCUACGAGUCCAUGUGUGAGUACCAGCGAGCCAAGUGCCGAGACCCGAACCUGGGUGUGGUCCACCGGGGCCGGUGCAAAGAUGCUGGCCAGAGCAAGUGUCGCUUGGAGCGGGCUCAAGCCUUGGAGCAGGCCAAGAAGCCUCAGGAGGCUGUGUUUGUCCCAGAGUGUGGUGAGGAUGGCUCCUUUACCCAGGUGCAGUGCCAUACCUACACAGGGUACUGUUGGUGUGUCACCCCGGAUGGGAAGCCCAUCAGUGGCUCUUCUGUGCAGAAUAAAACUCCUGUAUGUUCAGGUUCAGUCACCGACAAGCCCUUAAGCCAGGGUAACUCGGGAAGGAGAGAUGACGGGUCUAAGCCAACACCCACGAUGGAGACCCAGCCCAUGUUCGAUGGAGAUGAAAUCACAGCUCCUACCCUAUGGAUUAAGCACUUGGUAAUCAAAGACUCCAAACUGAACAACACCAAUAUAAGAAAUUCAGAGAAAGUCCACUCAUGUGACCAGGAGAGACAGAGCGCCCUGGAAGAGGCCCGGCAGAAUCCCCGUGAGGGCAUUGUCAUCCCUGAAUGUGCCCCUGGGGGGCUCUAUAAGCCAGUGCAGUGCCACCAGUCCACUGGUUACUGCUGGUGUGUGCUGGUGGACACGGGGCGCCCGCUGCCUGGGACCUCCACACGGAAUGACUGCCUGGCCAUUGGCUUGACUAUAUUAGCUCAGUAUUUUGUGAGUUCCAUGAGCAUGAGGAUCCUUUGCUUUGUCUCCCUAGAAUUUAACACAGUGCCUGGGUUGGUGCUCAGUGAUGGAGUGAUCAUUGAAAGCAUUAUUGUCCCUGUGGACUGUUGUCCAGAAGGGAAGAAAAUGGAAUUUAUCACCAGCCUCCUGGAUGCCCUCACCACCGACAUGGUUCAGGCCAUUAACUCAGCAGCACCCACUGGAGGUGGGAGGUUCUCAGAGCCAGACCCCAGCCAUACCCUGGAGGAGCGAGUGGUACACUGGUACUUCAGUCAGCUGGACAGCAACAGCAGCAAUGACAUCAACAAGCGGGAGAUGAAGCCCUUCAAGCGCUACGUGAAGAAGAAAGCCAAGCCCAAGAAAUGCGCCCGGCGUUUCACCGACUACUGUGACCUGAACAAGGACAAGGUUAUCUCACUGCCUGAGCUGAAGGGUUGCCUGGGUGUCAGCAAAGAAGGUAGCCUUGACAGCUUCCCCCAGGGGAAACCAGCAGGCUCAAACCCAUUCAUAGGACGCCUUGUCUAAGGAGCAGAGAAUCAAAGGGCGGUGGAAAGUCCAAGGAGGCAAGAUGGACCACCAGACACCUAACUAACCUUCAGCGCGGCCCGUGGCCAGCAACAUCCCGUGUAACAUAAGUGGUGCCCACCAUGUUUGCACUUUUAAUAACUCUUCUUUACGUGUUUUGUUUCUGGUUUCAUUUGUAAACAACCAAUAUCUAAUACCAAGUGGGAAGAGGAAAGGGAAGAAAGACUUGAUUCUCUCUCUCAUCGUAAGUUUU